CGUCUGCGCUCGCGCGUGUGCCGGUGUAGGUAAUACAUACACGCGCUACCAACCAUCAGCUUUUUUUUUUAUCCCCUGUGUUCACAGAAAAAUCUCUGAAAAACUCUGGAAAUUUAUACAAAUCCAACCCAGUGGACGCCUAAAGGAAGGCGGAGGAGGAGGUAAUGGAAGCAGACUUGAUGCACGAUGUUCAUGCAGAGGAUGAAGAGGAAUAUGUACUACUUGAUCUUGAUGCCGUGUCUGGGCAAGUUGACGUUCCGCCAGAUGCACCAUAUGUUCUAUAUGGUCUUGAUACUUUGAAUCCAAUACUGAUCAUAGAUGACAAAUUGAAGCUGAUAGGAGAAUAUGAAGAAACAAUAGGAACAUGUUUGGUUUUCUCUGAAGAAGAAGCUCCCCCUGUGCUUCAUGAGGAGACAGGACCAUCAGAAGCAAACCUGUUCUCAGGUAAAUGCAUAAUUGAUCCAAAUCAAGCUCCAAGUAAGCAAGUGAAGCCAGUUGCCCGCCUUCAUAAGACUCUAAAGUUUAGAUUGUUGUUGGAAGAUGUCAAAGAUGCUUCAGUUGAAGUAAAUACAUGAAAGUCCUGAAUGGAAACCCCCUCUGACAGGAAUUUGAUGUGCAAGUUUUAUGCUGAAUCUGAUUUGUGGACAUAAUGGAGUAUGUUUCUCAUUAAAGUUGUGGAAUAGUUGUGAUAUGAAUUAAAAGUGAUGGAUUCAUAGUUA